AUGGGCGACGUUCUCGUGGAAAACUCUUCCAACUACACUCCCCCACACAAAAAGGCAGCCCCGUCUACGAUUCCUAGUAUCGAGAACUUUGAAGGAUUGCCAACCGAAGGUGGCGAUGAUUACGCUACUCUGAAAAAGCUCCAGAGGCAGCUGGAGUACAUCCAGCUUCAGGAGGAAUACAUCAAGGAUGAGCAAAGGAGUUUGAAGCGAGAGCUUGUGCGUGCGCAAGAGGAGAUCAAGAGGAUUCAGAGCGUACCACUGGUCAUUGGGCAGUUCAUGGAGGCAAUUGAUCAGAACACCGGCAUCGUGCAGUCGAGCACAGGCUCCAACUAUGUCGUUCGGAUUCUCUCCACCCUCGACCGUGAGCUGCUCAAGCCGUCGUCAUCAGUAGCACUUCACCGCCACUCGAAUGCCCUCGUCGACAUCUUACCCCCUGAGGCCGACUCUUCAAUUGCCAUGCUCGGCGCAGACGAAAAGCCCGAUGUGACGUAUGCCGACGUGGGAGGCCUCGACAUGCAGAAGCAGGAGAUUCGAGAGGCUGUCGAGCUCCCCCUCACACACUUUGAUCUGUAUAAGCAGAUCGGUAUCGACCCGCCGCGCGGUGUACUGCUUUACGGUCCGCCCGGUACUGGAAAGACGAUGCUGGUCAAGGCGGUUGCGAAUAGCACCACGGCCAACUUCAUCCGUGUCGUCGGUUCCGAAUUCGUCCAAAAGUACCUGGGAGAGGGUCCCCGCAUGGUCCGUGACGUUUUCCGUAUGGCCCGUGAAAACGCCCCCGCCAUCAUCUUCAUCGACGAGAUUGACGCCAUCGCAACCAAGCGUUUCGACGCCCAAACGGGUGCUGAUCGCGAGGUUCAGCGUAUUCUGCUCGAGCUUCUGAACCAAAUGGACGGUUUCGACCAGACAGCCAACGUCAAGGUUAUUAUGGCCACCAACAGGGCCGACACGCUCGACCCUGCUCUUCUCCGUCCCGGUCGAUUGGACCGUAAGAUUGAGUUCCCCUCCCUCCGCGACCGCCGCGAGAGGCGCCUCAUCUUUGGCACUAUCGCCGGCAAGAUGAGCCUCGCACCCGAGGUUGACCUUGACAGCCUCAUUGUUCGCAAUGACCCGCUCUCUGGUGCCGUCAUCGCUGCCAUCAUGCAAGAAGCGGGUCUGCGCGCCGUGCGGAAGAACCGCUACAACAUUAUCCAGAGCGAUCUCGAGGAUGCCUACUCCAGCCAGGUCAAGGGUACUAGUGAGGACAACAAACUUGGUUGGAUUAGUGGGGAGUGGUGGAAGAAGGAAGCAUAUGGUGGUCUCUUUGCGACCCUGAGAGAAGUUCUUACUCUGAAUGCAGACGUAAUUCUUGCGCUUUUGCGAACCAGGAGCGCAUGGACGCCAUUGAAGCAUGGAAGCCCGGGUCCGGGUCUAUCACUUAUGGGAUCGGUCUCGGGUCCUGGGGUCGGGGCCACGUUCAAUUGA